GACCACUGUAAUUAUGAUAACGAAAUGUAAACCUUUACUGCAUCAUUUUGCAUAAAUGUCAUCUCUGCAAAGGUUGGAGAAUUAAAUCUGAAGUUGUUUUUUCAUCAUUGUCGGCUUGGGAGAGAACGGCUGGAUCUGGCAGCGUCCUUAGCAACCGGCGAGAACGGAAUGGCGGCGGAUCAACGGCUGCGUGCACGGAGAAUAAAGUCAACCCUUCUGCUCACUAACUAGUUGUCGAGACCACGAACUGUUUCUCGCUAAACGUUGGUGACUUUGAGCUGCGGGCCGGGUCUCUCCGGCAAGCCGCAGGAUGAGCGAUAGAUCCUCUCGACCGAGAUCAGUCUGACUGGAAAGCUCAGACUGGAAAGCUUGUUGUGUCCAGAUAUUCGGUUUAAACCAUAAACAUCUGCUGUUCCUUCCCUCACAUCCAUUCCCACUGGAAAGCAUUUUAUGUCCAUCUCCUGUUAAACCCAGCGUCUGCAGUUCCUUCCUGCACAUUCAGUCUGACUGGAAAUGGAGGGCGAAGGGCUGCCGGACGAGGGUCUGGAUCAAUGUCGGGAGGUUAUGCCCAUUAUCAGUGAAGUCGACAGAAACCUUCUCAGCCACAUUCGGACGUACAUAGAGACCGAGACUGACCAGCUAGGCAGUACAGCCCAGGUAAUCGACGGGCAGAGGUACAUUAUCUACAAGAAUGCAUUUGACAAGGUAAUCGAAAAUACCACAGCAUAUAAAAAUAUUCUGACGGCCAUCAAACGGGAGUAUGACGAAAGCAUCGAUGUUUUACUCAAAGGGCAAAAAGAUUCUUUAUUUCUACAGAGAAAAUUGAAAUCAAUGGCUUCUGAGCCGGCGACCUUCGUGGCUUACAAGAACAGAGUCACACAACUUCAAAAAAAAAUUGAAAUCAUUAAUAAAAAUACAUCUGGAUUAGAAGCACGCUUGCAAAUUGCAAAAGAGUCAAGUUAUCCGAAAGAUAGGUUAACAGAAGAGCUCCUGCUGCCACAAGAAGAAACCUCCCAUUUUAAGCACAUUUCAGGCCUGACAUUUGAGGAAUCAGUAAAUGUGGCGGAUCUAUGUAAACAUCUGAGGAAACUGGAAAGUAGGCUCAAGGACGCAAAAGUGAACAAAGAAACAAAAUAUGUGUCAGUCCAGAUCAAAACAAAAAUAACCCAAGAAAUCAGUCAAAAAAUGCAACAAUGGGAAGAACUAGUCACGACAAAUGAGCAAUUAAAACUCAGGUACUCGAAACUGAAGAUAAUAGCAGAUGCGGUUGCUACUUGGGGAUAUUCAGAUAAAAGUAUUUCUCUCACUGAAUUCAUUUUGCCAAGUCUGACAAAAGCAAAAUCUCUGAAAGAAGUUGAUCAACUUUGGCCUGGGGUAUUUGAUGAUGAUAAUCCUGGCAAUAUUGAUGAAGCUGCAUACCUGUUGGAGUAUGUUGAGAGCUUUACAAAACUCUUUGAUGAUAAACAAUAUAAGGCAGCUGCUAUAUAUGUAGCAAAUUGCCCCAGAGGAAUCCUUCAUAAUAUGGAGAUCAUGGAAAAGUUCAAGGCUGUCACAGAAUAUGAAGGGUAUGUUUCUCCUCUCUUGGAUUUCUUUGAAGCAGUAAUGAACUCAUAUUCUGCUGUCAGACAUCCACCUAUUGCAAAAAUGUCACUGGAAGGAGUGAAAUGUGCAUUGACGCACAACCGAUUGGAUCUGGUCACACGCUGGGUUAUGCAACAGAGAUUGACAUGUUCGGAAGCCCUGGGAGAUGCACUUUACGAUUAUGGAGAAACUGAGCUACAAGACUUUGAAACGUGUAUGGCAUUGGCUCAGACUGUCUAUAAUAAAUGUGGUGUGCAUAAGAAAGCUGUUCUCUGCAUGUGCAUGGUUGGGGAGUUGACUGGGGCGAUGGAAUAUAUUCAUGAUUCCAAAAGGUUCAGCUUGGAUGAUUAUUUAUUUUUGUUGAACAACUAUCAAAAUACUGAGCUACUUCGGAGCCUGACACGUGAAUGGAAAGGAAAUCCAGCAGUCUUCUCAAUAGGACAAGCUGUAUUGUGGCUCGUAUCAACUGAUCCCAAGGAUGCUGGAUUCCACCUUUUGCAGGAGAUAUAUGAUCAAGGUCAAGGUGCUUUGGAACAGGCAAUCCUUAAUGAUGGUGUCUCUACACUGGAAGAUUGGCAGGAAAUUGCAGAUGCAUGCAAUGCUAACAGCUUCAACAAAUUGGCAAAGGGCAUUUUUCGUGUACUCACAUCACAAGAAGGAGGAACAGUAAUAACAUUCACAUCUGAUGAUGAUAAAGAUGGUGCAAAAUUGACAGAACAUGUUUUAUUGUAAUUCAGUCGUUCACUGAGCAAACAUUGUUUGUACUUUUGUAUU